ACCAUAAUUCUUCUACAUUUUCAUAACUUGCUUGUAAUUUUUUAUCGAUAAAAAAUAAAACAAACCGUAGAAAUAAAAUAGGCUUCCCUUUGGUACGAAGCACUUCCACUGUUCGCUAACUGUCAAAAUGUUCUUGUGUACGUUUGUUUAUUUACCACACAGCCGCAGCUUUUGACGCAAAAACAUUCUCUCUCCACGUCGAAAUCUUUGCUAAUUUUGGUGCGCGAAUGGUUCGGGAUGUCGGCAUGUGAAAAAAGUGGCACAACACCGCACGCCGGAAUGGUCACAAAUUAACGAUAGCGGCAACAACUUGAGAACGCUGAUAACAGCACCACAAUCGUGGUGCAUUCGUAGCACCGCAUCAAUAACUGCCCAACUUGGUGUUCUAUUUCUGUGGUCCACUGACACUGACCGUGCCUUUUGUUGCGGGUGAUAGGCGGUAAAAUGGAACACUGUUACGCGGUCGAAUCUAUCGAAAAAACACAGCAAAUGAUUAGUGAAUGAUAAAUAAGUGCAAUCGAUUGCAUUUAUCGUUACAGUGUUGUUGUUGUUUUCCCCCCGCCCCAACACAAUUGUGAUCCAUGAUGAGUUUAGCCGGUUAAUGACCCUAAUCGAUACUGCAGAGCCCCAAAUAAUAGGCAAAGGGCACUUUUUUGUUCGUGGUCGCAGUUUCUUGAUAAGCUGAACGAAUGGACGCAAACUCUGCGCGGCAGUUAUACAUAGUCGGUGUGAAGUAAUAUAAAGUGUUAACGCUGCAACAUCAUACGGUUGUUUAAGUUCCUGAAACGGCAAAAGAAAAGCCAGUGCCAUAGCCGUCGAAAAUCGAUCAAUAAUUUAAGGCAAUGUUUCAGCCAUCCGGUCAAUCGUCGAAACAAAAGCACCCGAAAGUGAAGGUGCUGGAUCCCGAUAUAGAUUAUUCGAAGGUGAAAAGCGUUCACAGCAUAUCGUCAUGGUGGGGAAUUGGUGGCAUAUUCAUCGUCCUGUUUGUUGGCAACAUCACCAACUACACCAAUUCGCACCUGCCGGAUGGGCUGCGGAAUGCACACCUGACGCACUUCCCGAACGCGUUCAUCGCCGAACGCGCCUGGAAGGAUCUGAAGAUACUGAACGACUUUGGACCGAAGCCUACCGGCACGUACACGAAUGAGGUGCUGGCGGUCGAUUUUCUCAAUCGAGAAAUUUCAUACAUCGAUCAGCUUAAAAACCGCAACCAACAACUGGUUGUGCAGAAUCAAGUCGUAUCGGGCGGGUACGUCGGUGUGUACAUGAACAAAUCGGCCGCCAACGUGUACCGGAAUGUGCAGAAUGUCGUCGUUAAGCUGGUGGGGCGCAGUGAAACGUCCAAUCGGUACGCACUGCUACUAAACUGUCAUUUCGAUUCGGUGGCCGGUUCACCGGGUGCAAGCGACGAUUCUGGCAGCUGUGCGGUAAUGUUGGAAAUUUUGCGCGUACUAUCGCGCCAAUCGGAGGUGAACCGGUAUUCGAUCAUCUUUCUGUUCAACGGUGCCGAAGAAACACCGCUACAAGCGUCGCACGGUUUCAUCACGAAGCAUCCGUGGGCGGCGGAUGUGCGAGCAUUCAUUAAUCUGGAAUCGGCCGGUUCCGGUGGGAAAGAAAUGCUGUUUCAAAGCGGUCCCAAACAUCCGUGGCUGAUAGAAGCGUAUGCGAAAGCUGUCCCUUACCCGUACGCCCAAGCCGCUGCCGAAGAAAUCUUUCAAUCUGGUGUCAUUCCGUCCGAUACCGAUUUUCGGGUGUUUCGCGAUGUUGGUCGUAUUCCAGGGAUGGAUUUUGCCCACACGGCUAACGGGUAUCGGUACCAUACGCGGUACGAUUCGAUCGAUUAUAUACCACUGUCGGUGCUGCAGCGUACGGGUGAUAAUAUUCUUGCGCUGACGAAAACCAUUGCGAAUGGGGAUGAGCUGGGUAGUACGGAACGGUACGCACAGGGUUAUAUGGUGUUUUAUGAUUUUCUUGGCAUUUUCUUCGUAUCCUACUCGGCCGAUGUAGGGCUGAUGAUCAAUCUGUCUGUCGUGCUGCUGUCCAUCAUUAUACCGUUCCUUUCGCUAGCUCGUUCCACCAGUGGUACGCAUGGUAGACAGAUCCGUUCGGAGACGAUGACCGGCUUUCUGGCAACAUUUCUCGGCGCUGGAGCUAGUGGUGUGCUGUGCUUCUUUAUCGGUCUGCAGCUCGACACGAUUGGCCGGUCCAUGUCGUGGUAUUCAUCGACGAACCUUAUCCUUGGUGUGUACUGCUGUCCUGCAUUGCUCUGUCAGUGCAUAGUACAUUUGCUGUGCGAUCGUUUGUUCGGUAGCAAAACGACACCUCUGAGUCUCGCACUCAAAGUACAAGCGCGGCUAAAUGGCGUAAACCUGUUCUGGGGUAUGAUAACGCUCGGCAUCACAUUUACAGGCUAUCGGCUGGCAUACAUCUUUAUGGUGCUGAUUCUCUGCUCGCUCUGCUCGAGCACACUAAUUUCGAUGCUUGGGCUACAAAACACAGUCCACAAGUGGUUGCUCAUGCAUAUGUUCUUCCAAAUUGUUGCCCUCGCCUGGAGCACACAGUUCUACCACAUCCUGAUGAACAUGUUUGUCCCGAUAACCGGUCGCAUCGGUUCGUCCAUCAAUCCGGACGUAAUUGUCGGUACGCUGGCCACUUUUACGACGCUGUUCAGCUGUAGCUACCUGACACCGUUGCUAUUUUUGCUCAAAAAAACCGACAAGCUUAUUGGGGAGCUGGUGGCCAUAACGCUGAUUGCGCUGGUGCUUGCGUCGUCCACACACGUUGGCUUCCCGUAUCGUGAUGAUGCCGUCAAGGCACCGGCCGUCCAGCGUCACUACAUCACACACACGGUGCGUAAAUUUUACGAUUAUAAUGGGGGCGAGCGAUACACGGAUUCGGGCUUUCUGCUGCAAGAACUCGAUCGAAAUGCGAAAAAAACGAUAGAGGGCAUUGCGAUGCCGGACGUGGUGACACCCAUGCGGGAGAUACCGGCCUGCGAGAAGGAACUGUUCUGUGCCAUACCGUUCUAUUCGAUAUGGCAUCAGGUUUUGUUCGAAAACUAUUGGUUGCCAGGACCAGCCCCGGUAGUACGACAAGCGGUCACCGUUGCACUCAGGGAAAAGGAACAGUUGAACGAGCACGAACAUCGUUUGCAUCUCGUGCUGAAGGGAAGCUUUCAAUCUUCACUUAUCAUUGGACCGAAAGCAGGCACAACCUUAAAACGGUGGAGUUUGCUAAGUGAAAUUCCGGCCCCGAUCGAGUUUAACGGGCAGCGGGGACAUUUUGUGCUGCUAACGGCCGGUGUUGAGAGCGAACCAAUGAACAUCACGUUGGAUGUGCGCCACGAGCUGAAGAAAUAUGACGGUCCGCUGAUCGAUCUGCUCGUUACUACGACACAUUGGGAGUACCAAAAGGAGCACACGCCUGUGUUCAAUCGCCUUCUGGCGCGUGUACCGAGCUGGGCACACGUCGUCCCCUCCGUAGCAGCUGUCAAUAGUUAUACCUACUAGAAUUAAGCGCUUGUUCUUUUUCGCUUACGCAGGACGGCACCACUAGAACGUGCGCGCGUUUCAGUCUUACCAAAUGAUAUUAAGCAAACCUAAAGCUUUCUCACAUUGAACACAAACUAGCUACUUCUUCAUACUAUUGCCUUACGAAUACUGUUUACGAAUCUACAAAUGCCCAAUUCGGUUUUUUGGCGAAAGCAAUAAUUAGAUAUUAGAUGAAUCUCACGCCUGUAGAACAUGGUUGCACAGCAAAUAAUUCUACAAUGUUUCAUUACUAUUCACUAAAAUUCGAUACUAUACUCCUACCAAAGAAAUUUCUUCCACUGUAGUGUGGGUACGUGUGUGUGUGUGUGUGUAUGUUUCUUUUCCAUUGCUCUCUAUUACUGAACUUUCGAUCUUAGUAAUAUUAAUCUUUCUAUCUUACAUCGAAAGUAUUAGAAGCGAAAAAGACUUAGAUUAUCGUUCGACUUACCAUUUGCCAAGGGGGUUUUGUGUUUUUUUUUGUUUACAAUCACACACAUUUAGUAAGAAUCAACACAUAGGCGAACAGGUUAAGUAAUAAUCGAACGCUUUAAAACAAACAAUUUACCCUACAGCAAAUGAUAGUACAUUAUGUUCCUUUUACCGUACGUUACACCGUACAGAAUGUUCUAAAUACAGCACAAAAUAGAAAAAGAAAAUCAAACAGUUGCGAAGAAUUAUAUCUCUUCCUUACGCUUACGCUAGAUGAAAUAUUAAAGUAAAGCAACGAUUGGUUAAUUUGAAUGGUAAACAAAAACAAAGCUUUAAAAUCUCGAACAAGCCUAGUUAUCGUUUUUACUUCAGUUAGUUAGUUGUGCAACAAGCAAUGAUAACAUGAAAUGAAUUGUUUCUUUCAUAAACCACUAGAAUCAAUAAACAAAAACGCUUUAAAUACGUAA